UUCACUGUCCACCACGUGGACAGAACAAAAGCUCUCCCUUCCGAGCUACACGUUAGCUUUAGGGCUCCUCACGGAAUGCGCGAAGAUCAUGGACGCGAUUUCGAUGCCGCAUUCCUCGAUCCGAGUUCCGCAAUCUCUCCAGAUACUACAAAGGCGCCAGGGAUACGAUAAAAUCUUGCCAGGCUCGCUCUGGAGCAGAGAUCGAGCAUCGAAUCCACUUGUUGGAGCAAAUGCCAGUCGAUUGGGAGCUCCAAGAUCAUCUCCAUUGCUCUCAUUUAUUCCAAAAAGAGGAGCGCCCGUGAGGUGCAGUGAUACAUCACCGACCACUUUUCACAGACCAAACGAUGAGAAGCUCGAGAACGAGACUUACAAAUACUGGAACGCUACCACUGAGCAGCUGGCUGGAUCGGCUACUCUCGCGUUUUUAUUACUACAACUUCCACAGACCAUUCUCAAUGCUCAAAACCUCAUGGCCGGGAAUAAUAGUGCAUUGUUUGCAGUCUCCUGGAUGAGCUUACUGACGAGUCUCAUGGGGAAUCUAUCGCUGCUUUCUUACUUCGUGAUGAAGAAAGAGAAUGGAGCCAUGAUCGUUCAAGCGGUCGGUGUUCUUUCAACUUACGUGGUUUUGGCCCAACUUGCGAUAGCAGGUUCUAUGCCAUCAACAGUUUUUCUCGCGACGUCCAUAGCUGUGAUAGUCGGCUAUGUUAUCAAUUUUCUUAACUACAAAGGGUAUCUGAGAAGCGAGCUUUGGAAACUUUGGCAAGAUAUCAUCAGCGUUGGAGGGGUUUCGGUCCUCUCACAAGUAAUGUGGUCAACAUUUGAGCCAUUUCUUCCGUCGACGAUACUGCCGGGAGUCUUUGCUUUUGUUACCACCUUAACACUGAUCAUACAGGAUCGUAAAGGAAAACUAUCAGAGCCUUUGCACAAAUUCGUUGGCGGCCUUGCUGCUUGGUCCGCUACUCUACUUUUUAUGUGGAGUCCCGUCGCUCAAAUGUGGACAAACAUCACAAAUCCUGCGAAUCUACGAGGCCUUUCUGUGAUCACCGUGCUUCUAGCUAUGAUCGGGAACAGCCUGCUACUUCCGCGCGCGCUCUUCACUCGAGACUCCAUGUGGUUUACAGGGUCGUCGUGGGGAGCUUUGGUUCAAGGAUGGGGCCUGUUGCUCAGCAUAUACGAGUGCGUAAGUGGGUCUGUAUUCUUCGGCAUUACUGCUGGAUUGGCAUUUUGGAUAGGAAACAUGCUCGUCAUGGACUCCAAGGCAAAUUCUUUGAGCUCUCCUUUCACGCCACUCGCGGAGCUAGUAAGCUCAACCCGGGAGUAAGAAAUGCUGUUAAUCUUCUCUAACGCCUGUUAACAAAAUAAAGGCAUCCCGUUAUAAUUCGUAACGGGGUUUUGGGCGGGAA